GUACUGGUUUAACACACAAACACUACAGUAAAUUUUGAUUUAUAUAUAUAUAUAAUUGACAGAAAAAGAAUAGUUGUGUUUGUGGAGAAAAUUAAGCAGUACAAAUGGAGGGAGUAGUAGUAAAUAAGGAGAAGAGUGAUGAGUGCAGGGUAUGCGUUACAGGAGGAUCAGGCUAUAUUGCCUCUUGGCUCGUCAAGAAACUUUUAGAGAGGGGUUACACAGUUCAUGCAACUCUAAGGAAUUUGGAUGACGAAUCGAAGGUAAGUGUUUUAAAGGGGUUUCCAGGGGCAGAGAGAAGAUUGUUUCUGUUCAAAGCUGACAUUUACAAACCAGAUGAGUUCGACAGUGCCAUUCAAGGCUGUGCUUUCGUCUUCCAUGUCGCCACUCUCUUUCUUCAACUCAAUGCUACGUACGAGAAGACGGUUUCAGCUGCGGUUGCAGGGACAAGAAGCAUAGCAAUGAGCUGUGCAAGAUCAGGAAGCGUGAGGAAACUCAUCUACACCGCCUCCGUAGUCUCCGCAUCUCCCAUCAUGGAAAACGGGACUGCUUUCAAGGACUUUAUCGAUGAAUCGUGUUGGACACCUAUGGAUCUUCCCGUUACACCUUACACUAAUGAUUUUCUAAAGGCGUAUCAAGAAUCAAAGACAUUAGCAGAGAAAGAAGUUCUGAGUUUCGAGAAGGAAAAUGCAGGGAAUAUUCCAAUGGAGGUUGUGACUCUUGCAUGUGGCCUUGUGGGUGGAGAAUCAGUCCAACGCUCCGCAGGAGAUACUUUAAAAGUAAUAGUUUCUCAGCUAACAAACAACCAAGAUUAUAACAAGUCGCUCAAGUACUUAGAAGAAUUGAUUGGUAAAAUACCAAUUGUGCACAUUGACGAUGUUUGUGAAGCUCACAUCUUUUGCAUGGAAAACCCUUCCAUCCAUGGAAGAGUCUUGUGUGCCAGCGACUUUGUCUCAUCUUCAGAAAUGGCCUCUUACUUUGCCCAAAAUUAUCCAGAGUUUGACGUGAAGCAGGAGUACUUGGAAGGGCCGAGCAGGAAAAUAAAGUGGGCUUCGCAUAAGCUUACUGACUUGGGUUUUGCAUACAAGUAUGAUUUAAAGAUGAUAUUGGAUGACACAGUAAGCUGUGCAAAGAGGUUUGGUUAUCUUCAAUCAUAAUAAAUCGUACUCUGCACGGAUAUAUAUAUGAUUUCAAGCAGGGACCGUAUUGGACUUUAGUGGGCUUUACGGAAAGUCUUAUUGGGCCCUUAUUGUAUUUUAAAAACGAAAAAAUUACACUCUAUACUCUUUUUAUAUUGUCCUCUUUUAUUUUUACUCUCUUUUUUAAAGUCUGUCAUUUUUAUCUCUUUUUUUAAACAUUGUACCAAUUUUAUCCCUGUUACUUCAAGAUACUCUCCAUGUGA